AUGGUAGAACCAGAGACGGGGCGUUCGAUACUAUACGAUAGAGACGGUGAAAUCCACGUCGGCGUUUUAGAGAAGCGAUUGGGUAAAUCUGGAUGGUCCAUCCUCGUCGCCGACUCUUCGUCGGCGUCUCCGACGAAUAACAACAUAUCGGAGAAGCACAUCAAGUUUGUUAUGACGAAGAAACGCUCUUUAGACGAUUUGCGGAUUAUUAUUGAACGCGCAAAAUUGCUUCUCACCGAUGGGAGCUUGAAGCUAACUUGGGAAAUAUGCAAAGAAGAGGAAGAAGAAGGCAAUAACAAAGGUGCGACGUAUACGAUUGAAGAUUUACAAGAGAUGCUUGUACCAGAUGUCGAAGACGAAGAGGAAGCCAAGACGACUUUGAUGUUAGUCUUAUCAGAAAGCACGAACGUGUACUUUAAACAUCAGCAACAAAAAAGUAGAAAAAGUAGCAGUAGUAGUGCGAGUGAUAUCAUCUACACGACGAGGAGCGAAGACGAUGCGAACGCUUUACAGAAGAAACUCGAUGCGGAACUUCUCGCGAAGAAGUUGGAAGACGAGUUUGUUUCGGAGAUUCAAAACGCCAUGCUCGCGAAAGACGAUGACAGAACGACGAUGAAAAAAGCGAAAUCCCUGGAGGUUUUCAAUGAUAACAACGGUACUCGACAUCAACGCUUAGAGAGUUUACAGGCGUAUGCUUCCGGUGAUGAGUGUUACACACCCGGGCAAAAAGCAUCGGCGGAGGAUUUGUUGGCAAAACUCAACGUGCAAAAAACUUCUCAGAAAGCAGCCGAGGUGUUGGUGAAACUUGGCAUUUGGCGAGAACACGAGAACUUGGCGCUUCGAAGGAACCUCAUACCGGUUGAAUUUGACGAAAAUCUUGUACAGCUGGCGCAAACUAUUCAGUGCGAACCUUCGGACGUGGAUCUCGAUGCGUCCUCGAGAGUCGAUUUAAGUCGGCUAGAAGUAUUCGCGGUGGACAACGAGUCUACAUACGAAAUAGAUGACGGCAUAUCGAUCGAGAAAAUCGAAGGCGACGAUGAAUUUGUCCGAGUAUAUAUUCACGUGGCCGAUCCUACGAGGUUUAUUGUUUUCGAUUCGCCGCUCGAUAUAGAGGCGCGGAAGAGAGGAACGACCUUAUAUUUACCCACGGAAUCGAUUCCUAUGUUUCCCAAGUCGCUAAGUGGAGGUAAACUGAGUUUACGCGUUGCCAAUGAUGAGACGACGACAAGAAACGACAACGAAGGUGUUGCAUUAACGGUACAAGCGGAUAUAUCGCGUCUCAAUGGAUCCAUUAGAUCGUACGACAUUUAUCCGAGCACCAUAUCUGGAGUAACUCGCAUGACGUAUGAAGAUGUCGACGCUCACCUUAAAGAUGAAGGAAGAGCAAAAAAUGAUCUUCAUCUGCUCAACGAGUGUGCGGUCGCGCGAUAUCAUAAGCGCGAGAAUGAGGGUGCGAUCAAUAUUCUUUUACCCGAGCUCGACGUUUUCGUUUCAAGCGCCGACGCGAGAGGUGGUGACGUGAGUUCGGAAAUCUUUCUCAAGCGUCGAGAUAACUCUGCGUCUAAUAUUUUAGUCUCUGAGAUGAUGAUUUUAGCCGGAGAGAUUGCUGGAACUUUUGGCGUUGAGAACAGUCUCGCGUUGCCAUUUCGCGGUCAGGGCGAACCUCGUUUGCUGGAUGAAGAAACCUGGGAUACAAUUCCAGACGGCGUGUGUGCGGAAAUGGCCAUGCGUUCGUGUAUGACGGCGAGUUCGCAAGGCAUUACCCCGAGACCUCACCACUCGCUCGGAUUGAGCGCGUAUGUUCAGUUCACGUCGCCUAUUCGUCGAUAUGCUGAUUUAUUGGCACACUACCAAAUCAAAUCGUACUUGCGAAGUGGAAGGCACUCGUCUGAAAUCUCGAACGAGAAGUUAGAGUUGGUUUUAAGUGAGGCUGGAGCAAACGCCUCGGUGGGAAUCAAAACGCAGCGAGAAAUAUCCAAGUAUUGGGUCACCGAAUACUUCUCUCGUCAAAUGGGAUCCGCAGAUAACAUCUACGAAGCAACAGUGGUGAAAUCCAUGCGUUCUGAUGCAUUUGCGUUGGCUUUGUUGGAGGAUACUGGAUUUGAAACGCCGUUCAAGUUACUUCGUGAGAACGAUUUUAAGCUCGGUACGACGGUCAAGAUCAAGGUAGACUCGGCAAAUCCCAUCGAGCAACAGCUCUUUUUUUCGCAAGUUUACGAAGGUACUGACGACGAUGACAACGAUGAGCAAAAUGAUAGUCAAUAA